GGCAGUGGUAGCGAGUGGUCGCGUCGCCAGCCCACGUACCGCGCAACCACCUGUUCGCAUCACAAAAAUAAACACCUUCGCGACCAUUCCGCGUAAAAACACAUCAAAAACCAUCCCUCAUUUACCUUUACAUACAUUUAUUUUAUUAUUUGUUUAUUUUAUGUAAUACUUAUUGUGUUUUAUCGGAUAUUUCAGUGCAGGCUCGGCGAGUAAAAAAAUUUAAUGUACAGUGAACAGUGAGUGAAAACCAAGAAAGAUAUUGUUAUAGUGUUCAUCGCACAUCGAACAUCGCACUUCGGAUAGCUCCACUAUGAGUGUGGAAGACGAGUUCGACGACGCGGGCUCCAACGUGUGGUGUCCCGGCGCGCGCUACCGCCCCGAGCCGCCCGACGCGCUCGCGCGCGCGUCGCACUUCACGCAGCACGAGAUCAAGCUCAUGUACCGCGGGUUCAAGCAGGAAUGCCCGACCGGCGUGGUGGACGAGGAGGCCUUCAAGAACAUCUUCUCGCAGUUCUUUCCUCUUGGUGACGCAUCUCAGUACGCGCACUUCGUGUUCAACACGGUGAAGCACAAGCAGAGCGGGAAGCUCAACUUCGAGGAGUUCCUGGGCACGCUGUCGCGCGUGGGGCGCGGCUCGCGGCAGGAGAAGCUGUCGUGGGUGUUCGCGCUGUACGACGCGGACGGCGACGGCCGCAUCUCGCGCGCCGAGAUGCUGGCCGUGGUGCAGGCCGUGUACGAGCUGCUGGGCCGCGCCGCCGCGCCGCCCGUGCCGCGCGGCGCCGCCGAGGACCACGUCGACAGGAUCUUCCACCUGAUGGACACGAACGCGGACGGCGUGGUGACGCCGGACGAGCUGGCGCGCUGGUGCGCGCGCGACCCCGCGCUGCUCAGCUCGCUGGACACGCUCGACACCGUGUUGUGAUCCGCCCCCACCCCCUCCCGCUCCCC